GCCGCCUGGCGCACCUCCUGGCUCCCCGCCUGCGCCUCAGGAUCAGCGGGGCCGUACGGCGCAUCCUGCGGGAGGCACCGGUGGCGGUGGCGGGCGCGACGCCCGCAAUUAAACCCAAGAUGAUGAAGUUUCGGUUCCGGCGUCAGGGCGCUGACCCGCAGCGCGAAAAGCUCAAGCAAGAGCUCUUCGCUUUCAACAAGACCGUGGAACAUGGCUUCCCCAACCAGCCCAGCGCCCUGGCCUUCGAUCCCGAGCUUCGCAUCAUGGCCAUUGGCACCAGGUCUGGGGCCGUCAAGAUCUAUGGUGCACCUGGCGUGGAAUUCACAGGCCUACACCGAGACAUGGCCACAGUCACCCAGAUGCACUUCCUGCCUGGCCAGGGGCGCCUUCUGACCCUGCUGGAUGACAGCAGCCUGCAUCUUUGGGAGAUUGUCCAUCAGAAUGGCUGUGCCCACCUGGAGGAAGCGCUCAGCUUUCAGCUGCCCAGUCGGCUGGGUUUUGAUGGUGCCAGUGGCCCGCCCACCCUUGCCCACAUCACAGUGGUGCUGCUGGUGGCUGCUAGCAACAUGGCAGCCCUGGGCACUGAAGGUGGCAGUGUCUUCUUCCUGGAUGUUUCCACCCUGAUGCUGAUCGAGGGUCAGACCCUUGGCCCUGAUGAGGUUCUGCGAAGUUUGCCAGAUGACUACCGGUGUGGGAAGGCACUGGGCCCUGUGGAGUCCCUGCAGGGACACCUGCGGGACCCCACCAAGAUCCUCAUUGGCUACAGCCGGGGCCUGCUGGUCAUCUGGAACCAGGCUGCACAGUGUGCGGACUGCAUCUUCCUGGGGAACCAGCAGCUGGAGAGCCUGUGCUGGGAGCGCAGUGGCAGCACGCUGGUCAGCUCGCACAGCGAUGGCAGCUACGCUGUCUGGUCUGUAGACACUGGCAGCUCCCCAGUGAUGCAACCUGAUGUAGCCACUGUGCCCUACGGACCCUUCCCUUGCAAAGCCAUCAGUAAGAUUUUGUGGCGAAGCUGUGAAUCUGGGGGCCACUUUAUCAUCUUCAGUGGUGGCAUGCCUCGUGCCAGCUAUGGUGAUCGCCACUGUGUCAGUGUGCUCCGGGCUGAGACACUGGUGACACUGGAUUUCACCUCCCGCAUCAUUGACUUCUUCACGGUGCACAGCACUCGACCUGAGGACGAGUUUGAUGAGCCCCAGGCCCUGGCUGUGCUGCUGGAAGAGGAGCUGGUGGUGCUAGACCUGCAAGUGCCUGGCUGGCCUGUCGUGCCUGCUCCAUACCUGGCCCCACUGCACUCAUCUGCUAUCACCUGCUCGGCCCACGUCGCCAAUGUCCCUGCCAAGCUGUGGGCCCGCAUUGUGAGCGCUGGCGAGCAGCAGAGCCCCCAGCCCGCCUCCAGUGCCUUGAGCUGGCCCAUCACCGGGGGCCGGAGCCUGGCCCAGGAGCCAUCUCAGCGAGGGCUGCUGCUCACUGGCCACGAGGAUGGCACCGUGCGGUUCUGGGACGCCUCUGGUGUGGCACUGCAGCCACUCUACAAGCUGAGCACAGCUGGCCUCUUCCAGACAGACUGUGAGCAUGCUGACAGUCUGGCCCAGGCUACUGAGGAUGACUGGCCGCCCUUCCGUAAGGUGGGCUGCUUUGACCCCUACAGUGAUGAUCCUCGGCUAGGGGUGCAGAAGGUGGCACUUUGCAAGUACACAGCUCAGAUGGUGGUGGCUGGCACUGCAGGCCAGGUGCUGGUGCUGGAGCUCAGUGAUGUGCCAUUGGAGCAGGCAGUCAGUGUGGCCAGCAUGGACCUCCUCCAGGACCGAGAGGGCUUCACGUGGAAGGGGCAUGAGCGGCUGAGCCCGCGCACAGGGCCCCUGCCCUGGCCUGCUGGCUUCCAGCCCCGAAUGCUCGUUCAGUGCCUGCCGCCUGCCGCCGUCACUGCUGUCACGCUGCACACAGAGUGGAACCUCGUGGCCUUUGGCACCAGUCAUGGCUUUGGCCUCUUUGACUACCAGCGCAAGAGCCCUGUGCUGGCCAGGUGCACACUUCAUCCCAAUGACUCGCUGGCCAUGGAGGGGCCACUCUCCCGGGUGAAGUCACUCAAGAAGUCACUGCGCCAGUCUUUCCGGCGCAUUCGCAAGAGCCGAGUUUCAGGCAAGAAGCGGGCUGCUAAUGCCAACAGCAAGUUGCAGGAGGCCAAUGCGCAGCUGGCAGAGCAGGCCUGCCCCCAUGACUUGGAAAUGACGCCUGUGCAGCGACGCAUCGAGCCACGUUCAGCUGAUGACUCCCUCUCUGGCGUGGUGCGCUGCCUCUACUUCGCUGACACAUUUCUCCGAGAUGCGGCCCACCAUGGACCCACCAUGUGGGCAGGCACCAACUCAGGCUCUGUGUUUGCCUAUGCACUGGAGGUGCCAGCAGCGACGGCAGGCAGCGAGAAGCGGCCCGAGAGGGUGGUGGAGGCUGUGCUGGGCAAGGAGGUACAGCUGAUGCAUCGUGCCCCCGUGGUGGCCAUUGCCGUGUUGGAUGGGCGUGGCCGCCCACUGCCCGAGCCCUAUGAGGCCUCUCAGGACCUGGCACAGGCGCCAGACAUGCAGGGUGGCCAUGCAGUGCUCAUUGCAUCUGAGGAGCAAUUCAAGGUGUUUACACUACCCAAGGUGAGUGCCAAGACCAAGUUCAAGCUGACAGCCCACGAGGGCUGUCGUGUGCGCAAGGUGGCACUGGCCACAUUUGCCAGCGUGGCCUGCGAGGACUAUGCUGAGACCUGCUUGGCCUGCCUCACCAACCUGGGGGAUGUGCACGUCUUCUCCGUGCCGGGCCUGCGGCCCCAGGUGCAUUACUCCUGUAUCCGCAAGGAGGACAUCAGUGGCAUCGCCUCCUGUGUCUUCACGCGCCACGGCCAGGGUUUUUACCUUAUUUCCCCAUCAGAGUUUGAGCGCUUCUCCCUAAGUGCCCGGAACAUCACAGAGCCGUUGUGCUCUCUGGACCUCAGCUGGCCCCAUGGUGCUGCCCGUGCCAGCUACAGCCUCCAAGAGUCACCCAAGCUGAGCCAGGCUAACGGGACCCCAGGCAUCGUCCUGGCCCCGCAGAGCCGUGAUGGAAGCCCUAAUCCUGUCCACAGCCAGGGAGCUGACACCCCUGAGCCGCUGGAGGCUGUACUCUCGCCUAUGUCCAUCGACUCAGCCACCAGUGCGGACACAACUCUGGACACAAUAGGGGACAUCACAGUGGAAGACGUGAAGGAUUUCCUGGGCACUUCAGAGGAAUCUGAGAGGAAUCUGAGGAACCUGGUGGAAGACGAGGCUCGAGCCGGUGCCAUCCUGAUAAAAUGAGGAAGGCCAGAACCACCUGGCCAUCACCUGCCUUGCUUGGAGCUGGGAUCCAGGACCCCUGGCUCUUCCCAGCCCUUCACAUAGACCUAUGCCUGCUAACCUGUAGGCUCCAGCGUCACCCACCCACCCUGCCCCCCGGGUGUGGGCCUGGAACUUGGGGGUGUUUUGGGACUGGCCCCUUCUGUAGGCAGUACCCUGGAGGACAGGUGCCACAGGACAAAGACAGGUGGGGCUGACAGCCCAUGCCACUCCCACUCCACCUUCCUUUCCCCUCCUUUUGCAAAGAAUAUUUUUCUAAUGCCUGGACUGGACAGUGCCAGGCUGGACAGUCACUUCUAAAACUAUUUUGGUACUUGCUCCUGGGCUAGCAUGUCCCCCACCCCCAGCUUGGACAUGAAAUGUGUGUGAGAAUGAGUGAGUGAGACUGGGAGCCACAUGGGUACCCCAGACAGGCCUGUCGGGUGUGUGUAUGGGGGGCGGGGGUAAGAAUGGGUCUUUCCCGUAGAUUGUACCUUUACCUUGGGGGGGUUUUCUGUAUUUUGUUAACACUACCACUGUUUUAAUAUUAAAAAUGCUGAUUUUUAAUAUUGAAAAUAAAAGCAUUUAAUAUCUCUUAAA